AUGUCGAAGGGUUCGAAUACUAGUCUUCUUGAGACAUUGAAAUUAAAAAUGAAUUCACUUGGGCCUGUUGAUGCCAGGAGCCUUCAAAAGAUUCUCAAUACAUUUACAAAUUUCGGCGAUGAUUUCCGUCGAUAUCGUAAAAAUCAGUUAUCAGGUGUUCCUAAUACUGUCAUCGUCGCAAUAUGCAAAGUACUUAACUCUGUUGGAUAUAAAAUAUGUGUAUCUCGUGAAACCGAAAGAUACAACGAUAUUGCUGAUCUUUGCAUCCAACAACAUUGGAAUAAUUGCUUAUCAGAAAUUUUCCCACAUAUUCAUUACGUAAAGCCAAAUACCAUUAUUCUUAAUAGAAAAUACGAAUUUGAUCCACUACGUACGCUUUACACGUCGGCUAUGCAAAAUUAUAUCGGUGGUACACCAUUCAAAAGCAUCGAAGAGAUGAUCUGCACGAAUGAAUCCAAUACAGUUUCUUUUAUUGCUCAUAUGAAAAUGGAGGAAUUUUCUUUCAUCGCUACCUUCCAGAAAGUAGGAACGGUUCAUUCUCUUCUUUCAUAUGUUACCUAUAGAAAAGGAAAUAUUUUCAUUUUCGAUUCCCGACUAAAGAAGAUUAAGAAGAAACUACUUCAAGACGGGACAAAUUUCGACCUAUCUACAAAGACUGUUGGAAAUAUACAAGAACUAAUCGAUGCUGUCUCAGAGAAACCAACAUUUGAAAAAACUUUCUCGCGAGAAAUCAAAUCAGCAAAGGUUAUUAACCCUCCACUUCCUCCACCACAACAGCCGUUACUUUUCAGGGAUAAUCCACCGCCAUUUUUCCAGAAACAUACUGCAAUCGAUAUUAUUCCUCCUUUGAUACUUCCUAUAGUUAAAGAAGCUCGAAAAGAGAGUCCAUUUAUCUUCCCUACAAUUCCUUCCUUGAAAUCUUGA